GUGAGCGUGGGCCGCGCGCUCACCGGCUGCGUGCUGUGCGCGCUCAUCGUGUCCACGCUGCUCGGCAACACGCUGGUGUGCGCCGCCGUGGUCAAGUUCCGCCACCUGCGCUCCAAAGUCACCAACUCCUUCGUCAUCUCGCUGGCCGUGUCCGACCUGUUCGUGGCCGUGCUCGUCAUGCCGUGGCGCGCCGUCUCGGAGGUGGCGGGCGUCUGGCUCUUCGGGCGCUUCUGCGACACGUGGGUGGCCUUCGACAUCAUGUGCUCCACGGCGUCCAUCCUCAACCUGUGCAUCAUCAGCAUGGACCGCUACUGGGCCAUCUCCAGCCCCUUCCGCUACGAGCGCAAGAUGACGCGCCGCUUCGCCUUCGUGAUGAUCGGCGUGGCGUGGACGCUGUCCAUCCUCAUCUCCUUCAUCCCGGUGCAGCUCAACUGGCACCGCGCGCGCGCCGAGCCGCCGCCGACGCCGUACCCCCCCGCGGAGGAGGAGGAGGAGGACGACGCAUGCAACGCCAGCUUGAGCCGCAGCUACGCCGUCGCGUCGUCGCUCGUCAGCUUCUACAUCCCCGUCCUCAUCAUGGUGGGCACUUACACGCGCAUCUUCCGCAUCGCGCAGACGCAGAUCCGCCGCAUCUCCUCGCUGGAGCGCGCGGCGCCCUGCAAGACGCGGCCACACCGCGCGUCCACGCAGGACGAGAACUCGCUGAAAAGUUCCUUCAAGCGGGAGACCAAAGUGCUGAAGACGCUGUCCGUCAUCGUGGGCGUCUUCGUCUGCUGCUGGCUGCCCUUCUUCGUGCUCAACUGCGUGGUUCCCUUCUGCGAGGCGGACGCGCCCGACGCGGCGCCGUGCGUCAGCGACACCACCUUCAGCAUCUUCGUGUGGUGCGGCUGGGCCAACUCCUCGCUCAACCCCGUCAUCUACGCCUUCAACGCCGACUUCCGCAAGGCCUUCGCCACCAUCCUGGGCUGCAACCGCUUCUGCUCCAGCUCGGCGGUGGAGGCGGUGGACUUCAGCAACGAGCUGGUGUCCUACCACCACGACAGCACCCUGCACAAGGAGGCCUGCGCCGACCCCCAGCAGGACUUCCACAAGGUCUCGCUGGUCUCGGACGACUCGCGCCGCCGCGCCGACCCGCUCCUGCCCGCCGCCCAGGACUUCCACAAGGUCUCGCUGGUCUCGGACGACUCGCGCCGCCGCGCCGACCCGCUCCUGCCCGCCGCCGUCCUGCAGUGCGAGUGCGAAGCCGACAUUUCUUUGGACAUGAUGCCCUACGGAGACUCUUACCACAUCCCGGGUCAGGUCCACUGA